CUUUGUUUUAAUUUUUCUUUCCAACUUAUUUUGUUAAGCUUUUAACCAUGAAAUGGCAUCGUUCAACGAAAACGAAGAUGAUAUAGAGGAUGGCGUCCAUUCUCCUUUACUAAAGAAAAACGAUGAAUCCUUUCCUACGAUAACUGUAGAAUCAGUAGAAAAUGAAGGUGAUGAUAUUACCACAGUUAUCUUACCUGAUGUUCCUGAAGAACAGGAGGAAAAUGGUGCUCUCAACAACAAUGCAUAUAAACGUUAUGAGAACGUGGAUGAUUGGAAAAUGUCAUUCCCCAAUAAUAUCCUCGCUGGUUUACCAAGUGUCAAGAUGAGAAAGAAAAAGGCAAGUAAUCUGAAAAUGGACCAGAGACGAACAAUACGUCAGCAUGAUAAAGUUUAUUGUCGUGUUUCAAAGCCACCAGAACAACCCCCACCUCUACAUGAAAGAAGGCAAAGAUUAAACAGAAGACAGAAAUCAGUUCGAGAAAACAUUGGUAGUUUUGUGACAUCUUUUAGAACUGCAACUUUUCGAGUAUACAGGACAAUUAAAGAUAAAAAAAGACCAAAGAAAUGGGAAAGAUUUAAAAUGAGAUUAGAAGAUUUAAAAGAAAAACUGACCUUGUGGACGGCUUCUAUAAGAGAAGUAGAAGGUCGAUAUGGAAUGGCAAUCAUGACAUACUUUAAAUUCAUCCGUUGGUUAUUUUUCCUGAACAUCUACCUUUCCAUUAUCAUGUUAGCCUUUGUCAUUUUACCAGGAAGUUUUAUGUUACCAUACAAAUUUGAAGAAUCUCUUACUGUCAGUAAUAUGACAGAGUAUAAAGCCACAAUGACGUGUUCUGCAAAGUAUAAAACUUAUAUAGAUAGUUUUACACGGAAGCUAUCAACAGUUGACAAAAUAUUGGAUUUCUUAGAAGGAACUGGUUGGAUGGAAACAAAGGUCUUAUUUUAUGGAGCAUACUUCAACAAAACAACAAUUAAUGAAUUCAGUUCAAAGAAACAUACGUCUAACAAUAUAAAAAUACCAACAACAAAAAGACCAAAAAGAGACGUUGGAGAUGUUCUAGAUAAAGAAGCUAUAGUACAUUAUACUAUAGAAGGAGAAGACAAUGAAUCAAAGAAGUCUAAUAAAACAGAUGGAGAAAGUGAAUACGAACUGAAUUAUAAUAUGGGUGUUGCUUAUAUUUCUGCUGUUGGUGUAUGUCUAAUCAUCAGCUUUGUCAAAGUUGUUAGAAACUCAGCUAAAAAUAUGAAAGCAUCCUAUGGUAGAGAAGGCAAGCCAGCUAAGUACAGUAGUCGUGUGUGGGCUGGAUGGGAUUUCUGUAUUUGCAAGGAGAAACAUGCCAAAUCUAAAAUGGCCAGUAUUAGAACAGAUCUUAUUGCAGAAAUACAGGAUACUAAAAAGAAGGACCUGUGGAAAAGGAGAUCUUUAACAGAUAAAUUGAUGGUAUAUGGCUUCAGAAUAGUCAUUAAUGUUCUUAUCACUAUCCUACUAGGACUUAGUUUAGCUGCUAUAUAUAAAGUUACAGAGCAAAUGAUGCAGUUAAAUUCAGUGUACCAGGAUAAGUUGACAAGUUUAAUGAUAAGCUUUGCACCAUACCUAACAAUAACUGUACUGAAUUUUGUUGUACCUAAAGUGUGUUGGAGACUGACUUUAUAUGAAAGCUACCUCCAUGAAACAGAGAUCAAAAUGUCUAUAAGAAGGGCCAUUCUGUUACGAUUAGCAUCACCCAUGGUUCUGUUAGCAUCUAUUUAUGUGGAAAUAAUAAAUGUAGACACACCUCCUGUAUGUGGAAAUAAAAGAUGGCAAGACAGUUCAUCUGGACUUACUAAGAAAAUUGUAAUAAAGUGUUGGGAAAACUACAUAGGACAACAGUUAUACAGAUUAGCUCUUAUGGAUUUGAUUGUUACUACUUUCGUUAUAUUUUGUGGAAAUUUUCCUAGAAAGUUGAUCUAUGACAGAUGGAAUAGCUACAGAAUUGUAAAGUUUUUCGGUGAACAAGAGUUUGAUUUACCUAGAAAUGUUGUUGAUUUGGUUUAUUCUCAGUAUUUAUGUUGGUUGGGUAUGUUUUUCUGUCCAUGGAUACCUUUGAUGACAGCUCUCAAAUGUUUUAUUUUAUUUUAUUUGAAGAAGUUAACAUUAGUACAUAAUUGUCGUCCAGAAGACAGACCAUACAGGACAUCUCGGUCAAUAUCGUUGUUUAUGACAGUACUAUUGUGGUCCUUUAUGUUAGCUGUGGUACCAUUAAUAUAUGUUAUCAAAUCAUUACAACCAAGCCAAAGUUGUGGACCUUACAGACUAUACAAUGGAGAGUCUACUGUUAUAUUUGAUUCCAUUAAAUUUCUAGUCAAAACAUGGCCAAUUUGGAUUCAAAAUUUUCUUUCCUAUUUGUUCAGUGUUGGUUUUUGGUCCAUCGUUAUUGCAAUACUGAUAGUAGGCUGUACUUCUGCCUGGAUAAUAUUUGUCAAUGGUUUAAAGACCAAAGAAAAAUAUCUGUCAAAUGAGUUAUAUUGGGAAGCUAAAGAUAAAAACUAUUUGAUAAGGUUGUUAAAGGAAGAGAAAGAUACAGUAGAAACUCUCUACGAACAGUAUGCAGCAAUAAGGAAUAGAGAAUCUAAUUGUUGAUAAUCAAAGCUCUCUGUUGAAGUUAUGCAGCAUAAAUGGUACCAGCAGCAUUAUUUAUCUGUCGACAAUUCAUGUUCCUUAUGCAGUCUACAGAAUGUACUGGUAGAAAAAAACAUUGGGAAUUUGACUAUAACAUUAAUAUAAUAUUUCACAGGUUAUUAAGGAUGUUGAUGUACCUUUUCAAAGUGAUGGGAGCAUGCUAUAUAAGUAUAAAGCUCUUACCUAGCAGAAUAUAAUAAAUUUCUUGUAUAUAGUUAGCAAGAAUUUUAUAAACUAAUUAUUUAUCAACUAAUUUGAUUUAGAUAACUAAUAUAUGUUGAUGUUGUUGGGGACUUAAAGUGUUUUUUUGACACUACCAUAUUUAAAACAAUUUUGUGAUACUACUGCCUUACUAUAUUAUGGUGCUUCAGUGUUUUUUUAACAGUAGUUCCUCUUAUAAGGCCACCUCAGCAGACGUAAUUAGGCAUUUCAAAAGAGGCUUUCUGCAACAGGUUGAAACACAUAAAAAAUCUAAGCCGUUUUGUAUAAAAGAUUUCUUUUAAAUAAUCGUCUGUCUUGAGAAAGGUUUUUUUAUCAGGAAAAACUACAAUGGAAAGAAGAUCUGCUUUGUUAUGUUUGUGUUUUUGGUUUUUUGUAUAUCUAUAGUUCCUUAAAAAAAUUUUUUUUUUAAAUUUUUUUAAAUAUUUUUUGAGUUUGUGUUAUCCUCCAUGCAUAAAACAAAUUGAUGUUUUCCUAUAUUUUCUAAGGCAGAUUGGUUAACCAUUAGAUUUCUAUUGGUUUAGAAGUGCCAUAGAACUCUUAUUUCCAUUGUAUUAUUUGUAGAAUAGCGAUGAAAGGUUGUUAAUUGUUAGUGACUCAGCAAUGCUUUAAAUAUUGUUCAGUAUUAUGAAGAUCUGAUAUAAAUGUUGUUAUGGUAGUAUAAGUGAUAUUAAGAUAAAUGUUGUGAUAUUUGUAUAAGUGAUAUUAAGAUAUAGUCAAUUAUUUAUUUAUAUACUAUACAUCUUGUUGAAUUGAUUUUCUUAUAUCUGAAAAUAUUUUUUCAUUAAUUAUUUACAUUGCUUAUAUUUAUUUUACAGGCUUUUUUUUGUCAAGUAAAUGAUUUUGUCAGUUACUCACUGAAGAUGAAUUGUUUAUCCUUGGGGGUCCUGAUAGAGCUUGUCAGGUACUUAUUGAAUGUGGAUGGUUGACCACAGCCACUCUGGAGAUAUUUUUGGUUAGUUACUAAAAGUUAUUGUUUUACCCUGGAAAGUCUGGUGAUAGAACUUGUCAGUUACUUGGUGAAAGUUGAUUUUACCCUGUUUUACCCUAUGGAAUAGUACAGAUAUAUAGAAAGAAGCAUUAAACUGCAUAAAAAAACAUUUUAAAAAAUAUUAUAGCACAGGUAGGUUUAGCAAUUGCUCUACUAUGCACUUCCAUCAGGUACGUCCCAAAAUUGUUUUUUUUGGUAACUUUAGUUUGCCUCAACCAAAUGUUAUGAAACAAAUACACAAUGCUUAUUACCACAAAACACGGAUCAAAUUUGAAUUUGGAUGGCGUCACUUUUACCAUUUUUGAGUUAUGCCCCUUUACAAAUGGAAAAAUUGCUGAAUUUUUCAUUUCCGAUCUCUAACUUAAUAUAAAAAUAAGGAGAUGAGGUAUGAUUGCCAAUGAGAUAACUAUCCACCAAAGUUCAAAUAAAGUGGAUGUAAGCAAUUAUAGUCGACUGUAUGGCCUUCAACAAUGAGAAAAAACCCAUACCGUAUAGUUGGCUCUAAAAGGCCCCGACAUGAAAAAUAUGAAAUAAUUCAAUUGAGAAUACUAACAACCUAAUUUAUAACAAAACAAUUUACAAAAAACAAAUAUGACAGACACGAACCAACGACAACCACUUAACUACAGGCUUCUGACUUGGAACAGACACAUAAAGAAUGUGGCAGGGUUAAACAUGUUUGUGAGUGCUCAACUGUCCCCUAACCUGGGACAGUGGUGUAACAGCAUAACAUAAGAACAAACUAUAAAAAUCAGUUGAAAAUGGCUUAACUCAUCAGAUCGAUCCAAAGCAGAAAAACAUCAAACAUAAACACAGACUGGACGUGGCAGGGUAUUUAUCCAUCCCUCAUCCCUAACAACAAAAAGGACACUAAAUACAGAUCUGAGAGUACUCGCAGUUACUGACAGCUAGCUCAAAGCCAAUAACAACUAAGAAUUAAAAAAAAUAACCAUGUAUCUAAGACUAAAAUAUCAAUCAGUACACAUCCACCAUCCAACGGAUUUAGUGUAAAGAAGUCAUUAACAGUCAGAGAAGAACAUGACCUUGUGCAAUGCCAAAAUAAAGGUAUCUACAGAUUAUAGUAUCGUUAAAUGGCAUAUGUGUAUAACAAAACUAUUUAGUAUGAUUUUGAUUUACUGAUAACAAACCUCAACCAAAUGUUAUGAAACUUGUACACAAUGCGUAUUACCACAAAACUCGGAUCAAAUAAGUAUUUGGUUGUCAUCACUUUUACCCUUCUUGAAUUAUGUCCCUUUAUAACAUUAUAUGCCAGCAGGGGCAUGUGACACAUUCUCCAUUUAUUUUUAACUAACUAUGUUACUAUACACCUACUCUAGGAGUUGGGUUUAUCUUACAUACACCUUGUUAGUUUACUUGUACUUCAAAACAGAAUGACUUUAUAAGUUUAAUUAACUUGUGUCUCGCCCCUUUUGCAUAUUUAAACAAACAACAUAUGUUUAAACUUUACAGAAUGACUUCAUAUUUAGUCAGGUGCUGGGAGUGAUUAAUUAACACAUGAAUGUGUUUGGAUCUGUCAAACACCUACUUUCUGUUUUCCAAUACUUUGAAUUUACAAGUGGAGUUUCUCGCUGCAUUGAAGACCCAUUGGUGGCCUUCGGCUGUUGUCUGCUCUAUGGUCGGGUUGUUGUCUCUUUGACACAUUCCCCAUUUCCAUUCUCAAUUUUAUUAGCUUAGUACAACAAGGUUUGCAUCCUUGGUUAUAUUCAAUAUAAGCGUACAAUGAUGGUUAUGAAGCUAAGUAAGAAGUAAUAGUAGUAUACUGAUGUUCAAAACUUGUAAAUCCAUCUUUAAUAUGAGGCAGGCAUUACCUGUGAAAGGGGACGAAGUCUAUAUAAAUUUUUUGUUUUAAUUCAAACAUAUUUUAAGUUCUAAAUCUGUUAAAAAAGAAACGGAAAUACCGUAACGUUUCCGAUUUUGGUUCUGUUGUUAGGGAUUUUAGUUGUGACGUUAUUUUAGUUAUGACGUCAUAUUCAUUGUAAAUAAAGAAAUGCUAUCAUCAGGUAACGUUUUUUCAUAUCAAAGAAUAAUUAGAAAUGAAAUUGUUAUUGUGUUCCUUCCUAUAUUUUACUGGACUGAUAAAUAUAUAUUUCACUCGAAGUCUCAUGACAACCGAGACCGGAAGAAGGAAGUAGAUUUCUGCGCAAAUGCGGGAAUUAAAAAAGUUACAAAAAAAAGUUAACGAUUUUGAGUUCAUUAGUACAAUGAAAAUUUCGGGAAAUUUUCCCGAUUUUUUUUUUUUUUUUUUUUUAUUGAUUUUUCUACUGUAAUAGGGGACUUUGUCCCCUUAAUAUACUAAUCAGGAUAAAUUACAGAACUCCAAAUGGAGUGAGACUGGGUGUCUUAAAAGGGUACCAUCUGCUAUGUAUGCAUCAAAAGAAAUAUUAUGAUAUUUUAGACAUUUUUAUCAGCAUUGAAAUUGACUGCAUUUAGUUUUAGAUCUGAAAAUAUAUGGCACAAAAGGAUACUAGUAUUAGCGUAUCUGUGCUAAAAAGUAAAAAUAAAAAAAUACCCAAACUCCAAGGAAAAUUCAAAACGGAAAGUCCUUUAUCAAAUGGCAAAAUCAAAAGCUCAAACACAUCAAACGAAUGGAAAACAAAUGUCAUAUUCCUGACUUGGUACAGGCAUUUCCUUAUGUAGAAAAUGGUUGAUUAAUU